UAUUACUUCAAACCUACUAAAAUCUUCCCCAGAGAUACAAAAAGUUUGGAAUCACUGGAAUGUUCUUACCUUGAUUCCAAGGAAUAUCACGUCUGCUCCCCCCGCGGAAUCGGAAUGUUGUUGAAGAAAGUAAAGAAAUCGGAUUUGUGAGCAGUGAGGAGAAGCACAGCAUACACUCCGUCUCGGUCUGUCUUCUUCCCCUCCGCUCCUCUUUGCCGCUUCCAUUUCUGUUUCCUCAUCUCUAUACAUUUCUUUUCUCUUCUCUCCUUUCUUUCUCCAUGAACUCACUAUUCCAAUUUGGGUUUCGGAGUUUCCUUAAUCCCUCCAGCUGAACUAACUUGGGCUCGCCGUAGCCUUGCAGUGAACCAGAGUAGGUUCAGAAUUGCAACAUUGAUACCUUUGCAGGCAGUUGCAAUGGCAUUGAAUCGACCCUCUCUAAAUUUAUCCACACACAAUACAACCACCGGUGGGACAAGAAAAGAUACAAGUCUGGAAACAAAUUCCAGUGAGAUUAUUGUUGAGGAAAACGACAGUAAAGUGCACAUUCAAAGUUUUAAGGAUGACCCCUCGAAAAUUGAAGCUAUGACGGUUCAAGAACUGAGAAUGACAUUAAGAAGUGUAGGUAUUCUAGCCAAAGGGCGUAAGCAUGAUCUUGUAAUUGCGCUGCAACGUUUUGUGGAGAAUCAAACAGUCGGCAGUGUUAUUGAUGCAGUCGAAGAUUAUAGAGCACAACAGACAGAGAGAGAUUCAAAUGUAUCGCCUUCUGAAGGUGAAACUGAGGCCGCUGAAACGAAAUUCUUAACACCAAAGAAGAGGCAGUCAGCUAAAUCUGGUUGUAACCCAUCUAGAACAAAGAAAAAAGUAUCGUCAGAAGUUGAUUCCAGCAUCGUAAAGCAUGAGCAUGGAGUAGAGUUGAUGCAAAAGGAGCCGUGGACUGUUCUUGCUCAUAAGAAACCUCAAAAAGGUUGGAUAGCAUACAACCCUAGAACCAUGAGGCCUAAACCUCUUUCCAAGGAUACAAAAUCUGUGAAAAUUUUAUCUUGGAAUGUCAAUGGGUUAAGAGCCUUACUCAAGGGAUUUUCAGCCGUGGAAUUAGCUGAAAGGGAAGACUUUGAUAUAUUGUGUUUACAGGAAACCAAAUUGCAGGAGAAGGACGUACUAGAAAUUAAAAACUCUCUCAUGGAUGGAUAUCAUUAUACCUAUUGGACGUGCAGUGUUUCUAAACUUGGUUAUUCUGGAACUGCAAUCAUAUCCCGGAUAGAGCCAAUUUCAGUCAGAUAUGGUGUAGGCAUAUCAGAACAUGAUAGUGAAGGGCGGCUUGUGAUGGUGGAAUUUGAAUCGUUUUAUUUACUAAAUGUUUAUGUUCCCAAUUCUGGAGACGGAUUGAAGAGACUGUCAUACAGAAUUACCCAAUGGGACCCAUCUCUCAGUAAUUAUAUGAAGGAGUUGGAAAAAUUGAAGCCGGUGAUUUUGACUGGUGAUCUGAAUUGUGCUCAUCAAGAGAUAGACAUCUAUAAUCCUGCGGGAAACCGAAAAAGUGCUGGUUUCACAGACGAAGAAAGGCAAUCGUUCGAGACGAGCUAUUUGGAAAAGGGGUUUGUCGAUACAUUUAGACAAAAAUACCCUGAUGUUGUUGGGUAUACAUAUUGGGGUUAUCGUCAUGGUGGACGCAAAACCAACAGAGGAUGGAGACUCGACUAUUUUCUUGUAUCGGGAACAAUAGCAGAGAAGGUGCACGAGUCUUACAUACUCCCUGAUGUGGGGGGCAGUGAUCAUUGCCCAAUUGGCCUGGUUCUCAAGUUGUAGCUUCCUUUUUUAUUUCCUUUCAUAUGUACCCAACUCUCUUAACCUUCAGGUUCGUGAAAUAUUUAAAACAAUGGAGUUUAUAUUUGGAGUUCAUGUUGAAA